GGACGGGAGGAGACGGGACAUAAAAUGGGAGCCUUCCCCCCUCUCUCUCCCACCCAGAAGAGAGUUUCUGAUCACACUCACGCCUUCUCGAGUACAAAAGAGCAACAACGUAUCCCACAAACACCACGACAAAGAACAGACCAACACAAACAACCACAACAUAAACCACUUGCCGACGUCACAUCCCUCAUCCGCCCUUCUCGCCGUUGCCACAAACCCCAACCAAACAAACCAAUCACAAACACAAAAAUGUCUUCUCCCCCGUCCUCCCCCAGCCACAUCCACCAGGCCGCCGAGCGCGCGCCAGUCCUCAAGAUCGUGCAGACGCACAACUUCGUCUACGACAGCAGCACCGUCGCCUCGUCGCCGCCGCGCGCCGUCUCGGCCCCGGUCCGGUCCUUCUCUUUCUCGCAGGGCAGCCACUGCCACUGCUGCGGCGGAAUAUUCGUCAUCAGCAACCGCUGCAGCAACCGCCAGUGUGAGCACGUCCAGUGCGCUCAGUGCUACUAGGCGGUGCGAGAUGGGCCCGCUGCCCCCCUCAGCCUGACAAACACCACCCCCUCUUUCCGGCGUGUGAUUACCCGAGGGAGAGGGGGCGAGUUCUUGCUCGGGCGGCGGCGGGCGGGCCAGUCUCGGACGCCCAAAGAAAUACAAACGAACAAAACGCCUCCUGCCAAGACAAGACAGCUGCGACAAUCGAUCGCGACCGGGCCUUUGGUGACAGACGGCCAUUUGCGAAAGAAAAAAAGCGGCUGGUGGCUCUUGGCCUGGGUGUGAAGCAGCGUGGCGCCUGUGUUUACCUGUACAAAUUUUCUUUUCCAUUAUGAGUUUUUUUUUCUUUUCACUUUUUGUUUUUGUGUCAGGCGCUGGGAUUGGAUCACGGCAACCUCAGAUUGUGGGAAAAGGGACACGCGGGUUUUAAUUCGGUCGUCCUUUCUAUGUUUUUGGUUGCGAAUUAUUGGGUUGGAUUUCCCUAGCUCGAUACCCAGUUCUUGGAAUCUAAUUUUUAUUUUUUUUAUUCAUUUUACGGCAUCUUAUAAACAAACGCCCCGACCAUUCUCAUCAACUAGUCAAUGUAAACAAACAUGUCUCGCGUGCA